AUGUGCCGUGGUGAUGAUGAGUUAGCGGCUGCCCCAGCCAAUCAACCACCUGCCCAGGCCAAUAAUCCAGUCGAACUCAUUCCCGAAGACUUGACAGACGACAAUGUUUCUGAGCUCGGAGCGAGUAUCGCCUCUUCGAGUACCAGCGUGUCCAGUUCGAUCUUCGAUUUUCGCGUCGAAAAUGGGAGAACGUAUCAUCGGUACAAGGACGGCAAAUACAACAUGCCAAACGAUGAGAGGGAGAACGAUCGACUAGACUUGCAACACAACUUGUUUCUGCUCACCUUCAACAACAAAUUGGGUCUAGCGCCACCAAAUGAUGCUGACUCCAAAGUCAAACGCGUCCUCGGCACUGACCUCUCCCCGUCAAUGCCGCAGUUCGUGCCGCCUAACGUGAAGUUCGAGAUUGACGAUUUGGAAGAGGAAUGGACGUACUCACAGCCUUUCGACUACAUACAUAGUCGGACGAUGAAUUCCUCAGUCAGCGACUGGAAGGCCUACUUCAAAAAAGGAUACGACCACUUGACACCUGGAGGGUACUUCGAGCUUCAAGAGGCAGAUCUCUUCGCCUACUCAGAUGAUGACACUUUGAAGGCUGAUUCCGCGCUCUCUAAGUGCACGGAUCUAAUGUAUGAAGCUUCAGUCAAGCUCGGACGGCCUUUCCAAAAGAUCCCUCCAUUAGUGGCUAUUAUGGAGGAGGUUGGAUUUGUCGACGUGCGAAUGAGUGUGUUUAAGUGGCCGUCAAACUCCUGGCCCAAGGAUCGGAUGUACAAGGAAUUGGGGAUUUGGGCCAACGAGAACUUCUGCAAUGGCCUCGAAGGGUUCACCAUGGCUUUAUUUACGAGAGCUCAUGAGUGGACGAGAGAAGAAGUCCUUGUCUUUUUGACCAGUGUGCGAAAGGACCUGAAUGACAAGUCGAUCCAUGCAUAUUGGCCCAUCCUCGACACGGGAAGCAUCGGCCCCGUAACGACCAUGCCGUCAUUCCGUGAGACGUUCGGGGAUUUCUCUCCCACGAUGCAUGGAGUUAUCGUUUCUUCUGUUCUUAUCCCGGGCGCGUUGUCGGCUCUGGUCUCCGGUGUCAUGGCUGACCGUUUCGGCCAUGUCCGUUUGUUCGCUCUUGGUGCUUUCAUCUAUGGCUGCGGCACCGGUAUCGAGUGUGCCUCACCUAUACUAGGAGUGUUCAUUCUUGGACGGCUUAUCAAGGGCAUUGGUGAAGGCAUGUUCUUGAGCAACGUCUACGUUCAAGUUUCUGAAAUAUCACCGGCCCGCAUCCGUGGCAUCAUGACUGCCUUGCCACAAUUUGCCAUCGUCACGGGAAUUGUCACGGGGUACUUUAUGUGCUACGGCACCGCACGCUUUGGAUUGUCGACUGUGGCAUGGCGUCUGCCCCUUGCCAUUGCGUCUUUCCUGGGCUUCCUCUUUUCUCUGACAUACUGGGUUGUGCCUCCUUCCCCCCGAUGGCUACUUGCCAAAGGAAGACCGGAUGAAGCCCGUUUGAUCGUUGAACGACUGGGCCUGGAUGAGAAAGAAGGCGAAGAGAUGCUGGAGCUUUCGUCCGAUGGGGAACACGACCCCAAUGCACCCGUUUUGGAGAUUCUGAGGCAAGCAUUCGCAGGUUUCCGAGAGGCAUUCUCAGCUCCUUACAGGAGCAGAACUUUCUUCGCCUGCUUCCUGCUUGGAAUGCAGCAGUGGAGUGGAAUCGACGGAGUCUUAUACUACGCUCCUAUCAUCUUCACACAAGCUGGUUUGGACGGCGAACAAGCAACUUUCCUGGCCUCAGGUGUCUCCGCCCUGGUCAUCCUCGGCGCGACGAUACCAGCAACAUUCCUCGCGGACAAAUGGGGACGAAAGACAUCUACUAUUCUAGGAGGGACGUUGAUCACCGCCCUCAUGGUUCUGAUGGGAUCUCUCUACGCAGCGGGGAAGGUGGCAGGCGAAGGAGCUGGCAAGUGGGUUGUCAUCGUUUCGGUAUACCUUUUCGCCAUCGUGUACAGCGGCACAUGGGCAAUCGGCAUUCGCACUUUCCUUGUGGAGAGUUUGCCGAGGAAGACAAGAAGCAGUGCUUCAAGUCUAGCUCAGGCCUCUAAUUGGUUCGCCAACUAUGUUGUAGCACUGAUUACCCCUGUGCUGAUUUCGAAGUCUUCCUUCGGAGCAUACUUUCUUUUCGCAGGCUGUUCUCUUUUUACGACCAUCGUGGCCGGUUUCAUCAUGGUCGAGACACGAGGUCACAGUUUGGAGGCCAUCGAAACCAGAUACGAAGAGAAGAACACAAAGGCCGCAAGUAACGGGAAAAAGGAUGGACUCGUGGUCACGAGAGUCAGAAGUGUGGUCUAA